GUGGCGGGCAAGCGCCGAUCUUUGCCGAGUGCAGCCGACAACAUCCGGAAGUGUAAUGUUCAACACCUUAAAGCAAACGGCGGCGAGCUCUCUGACACACGAGCUCUGUAGUGGUUAGUUAGAAAUCUGAUCAUUCGUUGUACUUCUCCCACCAGUCACUAUGUCUGUUUUGUGUUAUAAUAAGGGAUGUGGACAACGAUUUGAUCCAGAAAAUAACCCAGCCGAUGGCUGCACCUAUCAUCCAGGAGUCCCAGUAUUCCACGAUGCCUUGAAGGGAUGGUCUUGCUGCAAGAGAAGAACUACUGACUUCUCAGACUUCCUCAGCAUUGUUGGCUGUACAAAAGGUCCCCACAACAAAGAGAAGCCCCCUGAGCCGGUGAAACCAGAUGUGACAUCUUCAGGAGAAAAGAAGGAGUUAGAGGACCAAAAGCCAAAGUUUAAUGAGUACAUCAUCUCUGCACCGAAACCUCAGGAGGCGAUAUGCAGACCAAGUCCUGAUGAGCCAGCGGUGAGAUUGCAGCAUAAAGUCUCUGCAUCUCUGAAGCAGGCACUGGAGAAACUUAAACUAACUGAAAAUGCUGAAGAGACAAAAGAGGAAGAAAGUGACGAGAUCAAAAUUGGAACGUCCUGUAAAAACGGAGGCUGUACUAAAAGUUUUGAAGGACCUGCAAGUGAUUCGGAUGUGUGCCUAUACCAUGCUGGAUUUCCCAUCUUUCACGAAGGGAUGAAAUACUGGAGCUGCUGUAAAAGGAAAACCUCAGACUUUAAUACCUUCCUCUCUCAAGAGGGCUGUACAAAGGGAACACAUCUAUGGAGGAAAAAAGAUGCGGGUAAGAAGGUGGUCCCGUGUCGGUUUGACUGGCACCAGACUGGGACGCAGGUCAUCAUUUCUAUCUAUGCCAAGAAUGCAGUCCCAGAGCUAAGCUAUGUGGAUGCCAACAGCACUACGCUCGACAUACACAUUAUAUUUGAUGGAGAGAAGGAAUUUGAGCAGAAAAUCAGCCUUUGGGGAGUGAUAGACGUGAGUAAAAGUUUGGUGAACAUGAUGGCGGCCAAGAUCGAGGUAGCCAUGAAGAAGUCCGAGGCGAUGUCCUGGGCCCGUCUGGACCUUCCUCCUCCUCCUGCUCCACCCAAGGAGAGCGAGAAGCAAAAAUCUGACAGUGAGGACGAGGAUGAAGAUGAAGAUGACUGAUAAGAUUGAAAAUAAAGACACGUGAUUUAAAAACUGAGUUUCAGCAGGCUUCCAGUCAAGUCCCAGCUAAAUUGCACUGAAGUCCCUGGAAAAUUACAUCAUGCCUUAAAAUAAGUUGUCAGUUUUAAUUCUGCUCACUUUCACACCCAUGCAGACCCAUGUCACACUAAUGGACCGUGGCUGUGACCAGAUCUCAUAUUUUCAGGAAUAAAAUCAAUUUUGUUUUUCAUAAAUUUAAUACAUCAGACCAAAAAGCUGCCCCGGAUUGUCUUGAUUUGUCCGCUUACAUCAAUAUGUUAUCCAAACUUGUGUUUUAUGAAAUGUAUUCUGAAUCAAUUGUGAGACGAGAACUAUCACAGCUGAAUUAUCUUGAGAUAUACUUUGGAGAUGCACUCUAACUAUCCAUACUUUUCUCAGUAAAAAUUGUAAAUUUGCUCCAAAUUAUGUUUUUUACUUCACUACACUCAAUGUAAAUUUUGUACAAGUUUUGCUUUCAGAUACUGUAUUUAUCUUAUUUCUUGUCAAAACAAAGUAGUGUGGUUUUAAUGAGGAUGUACUGUAAUGCCAAUUAAAUACAAAGUAUUUUAAGCAAAAUAUUGUAUCAUAAAAUGCUAUGCUAGAAAGCAUGUGUCUAGGCUUAGAUUGUAUGAAGUGUUAUUUGGCAAAAGGAGAAGCAAUGGAAAAGUAAAGUUCUAGGAAAGGGAACCAGUUUGUCUGACCAAAAAAUAAAUAAACUUCUGAGAUUACAUUUUAAAACUGGA